CGGAGUCGGGGUCGGUCGCUGUCCGGGGCUGAGGCUCGAGCUCGGACCGCAAACACCAUGUCGUCGUUCGUCGUCAACAUCAAACUGUCCGCCAGGACCCUGACCGGAGCUCUGAGCGGCCAGAACCGGGGGGCCGUGGACUGGGGUUGGCAGGGACUAUUAGCUGUUGGCUGUCAUUCCCUUGUAUUGAUCAUUGAUCCUCGCACUUCGCAGACUAUCCAAGUGCUGGAACGGCAUAAAGCAAAUGUUGUCAAGGUGAAAUGGGCCAGAGAGAACUACCACCACAACAUUGGCUCUCCCUAUUCCCUGCGCCUGGCAACUGCAGACACCGUAGGAAAGAUCAUUGUAUGGGAUGUGGCUGCAGGAGUAGCUCGAUGUGAGAUUCAGGAGUACACAAAACCCAUUCAGGAUAUGGAAUGGCUGUGGAAUCAGGAUGCCUCACGGGACCUUCUGUUAGCUGUUCAUCCACCGAACUACAUUGUCCUUUGGAAUGCAGAUACUGGUACAAAACUGUGGAAGAAAAGCUAUGCAGAAAAUAUUCUCUCAUUUUCAUUUGAUCCCUUUGAACUAUCAAAUCUAGCGUUGUUGACCAGUGAGGGGAUAGUGUUCGUCUCAGAUUUUUCACCUUCCAAAGCUCCUAGCAGCUCAGGAAAGAAGGUUUACAUAUCCAGUCCUCACUCGAGCCCGGCCCACACAAAACCAGCAGCAACUGGUGCCAAGAAAGCCUUAAAUAAAGUCAAAAUACUCAUCACUAAUGAAAAGCCCAAUGCAGAUUCUGUGACACUGAACGACUGCCUGCAGUUGUCAUAUCUGGCUUCCAAGAGGAACCAUAUGCUGCUUCUAUACCCCAGAGAAAUCUUGAUCCUCGAUUUGGAGGUAAACCAAACCGUAGGAAUAGUGGCAAUUGAACGAACAGGAGUUCCUUUCCUACAGGUAAUUCCUUGCCGUCAGCGAGAUGCUUUGUUUUGUCUUCACGAAAACGGCUGCAUAACAUUGAGAGUCCGCCGAUCGAAUUGCAAUUUGUUGGCUCUCCCUAGUGAGGAACCAGAUCCGGAUCAGCCAGUUCAGGAGCUAACCUAUGACCUUCGCUGUCAGUGUGAUGCAAUCAGAAUCACUAAAACAGUGCGUCCUUUUGGUAUGGUGUGCUGCCCGGUCAAUGAGAAUUCCGCAGCUCUGAUUGUAAGCGAUGGCAGAGUGAUGAUGUGGGAGCUAACAUCUAACCAGCUCUGGCAAAGUACUACCUACAGUCACUCAGGUUCCACUGCCUCCCCUUUGUACCGUCCUGUCGCAUUUUGCGGUAUUCCUGUGGACAUCCAUCAAAAAAAGCUGCCAGAUCUCUCCUUGGAUUCCAUGAUAGGACAAAGCAUGGCGGCUGGUGAAGAGCAAUCUAAGGUUUGCGACCAACAAGAAGUGCAAUUGAAGUUCUUGCUUACCGGCUUUUUGUCAGGACUCCCACUGCCUCCCUUUGUCAUACGAAUGUGCCCACCUCUCACCACCAAAAACAUAAAACACUAUCAGUCUCUGUUGUGUGUGGGCACCAGCAAUGGAUCUAUAUUGGUUUACCAUCUCACCAGCGGAUUGUUGCACAAGGAGCUAAGCAUUCAUUCCUGCGAAGUGAAAGGCAUUGAGUGGGUGAGCCUGACCAGUUUCCUCUCUUUUGCCACUUCAACCCCAAACAAUCUGGGGUUAGUGCGGAACGAGCUACAGCUGGUUGAUCUGCCAACAGGAAGAAGUAUUGCGUUUAGAGGCGAACGAGGCAAUGAUGAACCGCCAAUAGAAAUGAUUAAAGUGUCCCAUCUGAAGCAGUAUUUGGUUAUCGUGUUCAAAGAUAAACCUUUGGAGCUGUGGGAUAUUAGAACGUACACCUUGCUUCGAGAAAUCAAAAACUUUCCCGCAGUGACAGCAUUGGAGUGGUCUCCAUCUCACAACCUAAAGAGUCUACGUAAAAAGCAGCUGGCAGCCCGAGAAGCCAUAGCCAGACAGACUGUUCCAUCUGAUAUGGAAACCAGUAGUAUUGAGUCUUCAAUGAUCAGUUUGCUGCAGGAAGCAGAAAGUAAAUCUGAAAUUAACCAGAAUAUUUCUGCACGGGAGCACUUUGUGUUCACUGAUAAUGAUGGGCAGGUCUAUCACCUCACUGUAGAAGGAAACAUAGUCAAAGAUGGGGCCAGAAUUCCUCCAGAUGGAAGUAUGGGCAGUAUUACUUGUAUUGCUUGGAAGGGAGACACCCUGGUCCUGGGAGACAGUGAUGGCAAUCUGAACUUCUGGGAUCUAAAAGCCAGACUUUCCAGAGGAAUUCCUACUCAUCGUGGUUGGGUGAAGAAGAUCCGUUUUGCCCCUGGAAAGGGAAAUCAGAAGCUGUUGGUGAUGUUUAAUGAUGGAGCUGAAGUCUGGGAUACGAAGGAGAUUCAGAUGGUGAGUAGCCUCAGGACUGGUCGGAAUGUCAACUACAAGAUUCUUGAUGUGGAUUGGUGCAGCUCUGACAAAGUGGUCCUGGCAGCCGAUGAUGGAUGCAUCCGGGUUUUAGAGAUGGCCAUGAAAUCAGCAAGCUACAGAAUAGAUGAGCAAGAGUUAGCAGAUCCACUGUGGUGUCCUUACCUUCUGCUUCCCAGAUGCUGCCUUGCAUUGAAAGCUUUCUUAUUACAUCAACCGUGGAAUGAACAGUAUUCACUGGAUAUUAUGCAAAUUGACUAUUUAGAAAAUGAAGAAGUAAAAUAUCUCAUCCAAGAGCAACUGAACUCAUUGACAAAUGACAUGAAGAGUCUUUUCCUGGAUCCAGAAUUCCACCUGUUGCAGAGAUGCUUGCUAGUCGCAAGGCUGUUUGGUGAUGAGUCAGAACUGCACUUUUGGACUGUUGCUGCUCAUUAUUUACAUAGCUUCUCGCAUGGAAAACAGCAACUUGAACCCAGUACGAUUCCUGUUCACGAGAGCCAAGAAAACCCACUGGAUAUUUGCUGUGACAUACUCUGCGAAAAUUCCUACUUCCAGAGAUCCCAGAUCGAACGGGUUAAUCUACAAGAAGCAAAGAGAACAACUUAUGAUCACACAAGGAAAUGUGCAGACCAAUUACUCUUGCUAGGCCAGACAGACAGAGCAGUACAGCUACUGCUGGAGACCAGCGCAGAGAAUCCAAGCUAUUACUGUGACUCCCUGAAGGCUUGUCUGGUUACAACCAUUACUUCUUCGGGUCCUUCCCAGAGCACUAUAAAACUAGUCGCUACCAACAUGAUAGCUAAUGGGAAGCUAGCAGAAGGCGUCCAGCUGCUUUGCCUAAUUGAUAAAGCCGCUGAUGCUUGUCGGUACUUGCAAACCUAUGGGGAGUGGAAUCGAGCUGCGUGGCUUGCAAAGGUGCGUCUCAACUCAGAGGAAUGUGCAGAAGUAAUAAAGCGGUGGGUAGACUAUCUCUGUUCACCACAGGUGAACCAGAAAUCCAAGGCCAUUCUGGUCUUUCUUUCGUUAGGCUGUUUUAGGAAAGUUGCAGAAAUGCUGCACAGCAUGCGGUAUUUUGACAGAGCUGCACUUUUCCUGGAGGCCUGUCUCAAAUACGGGGUCUUUGAAAUCGAUGAAAGCACAAGGAAAUUUUGCAAUUCAGUGUAUGCAGAUUAUGGAAGGUACUUGAAGAUGCUGAACCUAAGGGAAGGAGCGAUUCUCUUUUCCACAAAGGGAAACGAUGCCGGCUCUGAGUUGCUUAAGGAACUACAGCAGGGUAAAGAAGAUAAAUCCGCUUCUGUUUCAUGACGUGCAAAUGUUCACCUUUGAAAUUAUAACAAGCCCUCUGCAUUUUCCAAGAUUUUAGUUGCAACAGUCUGUGAUCAACAUUUAUGACCAACUUGUAGAAUUUUGAAUAUUAUACGGAGGGUUACUGUUGUGUGAUCUAAAUAAAAUACAUUGCAGUGAAAAUAGUAAACAAAUUAGAUGUACCCUUAACGCUUCACUCUUAACAUUUUCUCACUAAAAAGACCUUUGAUAAUAGCAAGAAUUUAUUCUGUUUUUCAUGAUCUUCACAUUCCCCCUCCUAUAAUACUUUUUAUGAUUCCCAUGAAGCUUUCUACAGUUUUAACUGCAGGGUUUACUUUGUGUUUGGCAACAGAUAAAAAGCAAGCCUCUGAUUGUCUGAUCAAGCAAGAGAAUGCGAUGUGAAUCUGUAGUUAUUUUCUGACUGCAAAUUGUUUUCUGAGUAUAAUUACACUUUAAGGCAUUUAUUUACUGUCUGCUUGAAUACUGAAAAAUGUAUUCAAAUGUGAAAUGUUCUAUUGAUAAAUAAAUCUAAAUAGCGUUUGUAUAUAUUGUAAUUGAAUGUUUAGUUUACCAUGAUUUGCUAAUUCCAAAAGUUAUUAAACAUUUAAAACAUUGA